AUGUAAUUAAGAGUUAAAGCAAACAAAAAAGAGUACUUUGAUUUUUCAAAUAUAUCUAAUGUGAGGAUAAAUAAUUUAUAUGUAGGAUAAACACUUUAUGGUCCAAUUUAAUAAGAUUGCAAAUUAAUUAAUAAAAGAUAAUCAAGUCAACUUAAUAAAUUAUAUAAAUGAGUUCAUUCUAUAGUAAUCUCAAACCAAGAUCAGAAACAAUUAAAUAAAAUAAAAUAUAUAAAAAGAGAAAUCUAAUUAAUAAUAAGGAAAAAAUUAUAACCAAUCAUUUAUAGAAUAAUAGAUAUAAUUUUCAAGAAAAUAAGUCUUUAUUCUAUUAUUAAUGAUGUAUUCGAAUUCUAUUGAUAAGGAUAAUCAAAAUAUGUAAUAAUCAGGAUUUUAUCAAAUUAACAUGGAAUUAAUAAAAUAGAGUUAAUGUAAAUAAUCAUAGGAAAAACUUAAGUGUAUUCAUUCCUAUUUUAUUAAUUUUUACAACAGAUUUCUAAAGUAAGAUGUAGUAAUAAAUAAUGAUUAAUAAUUGAAUUCAAAUUAAAGGUAAAUUUAAGAUCUUGAAAAAGAGAUUUAAGAAGAAGAAUAUAAACAUUCUCAAAAAAUAUAAUAUUUGAAUUAAAAAAUCGAAAUGAUUCGUAACUAAUUAUUAAAUAAUAAUAAUGAAGAAGAUGAAUUCGUAACUUAUAUUAGAAGAACUGAAUUUAGAUAAUAUAAUCAAAUAUUUAAUGAUUAAUAAUAUCUUUUGAGUUAUUUUACAAAGAAUAAAGGAAGAUGUGAGGAUUAUUAAAAUUCAGUUUUAGUAAAUUUUGCUGAUAAAAAUGUAGGUGGUUUAAGUUUAGAUCCUUUCAAUAUAGCUUAAGAGGAAGUAAUUAUUUCAAAUUUAUUUUUUUAAUAGGUGUUGAUGUUAACACAUCCUGAAGCGCUUAUUAGCAUGUUAUUUAUGGAACCUAUGGAUGAUAAUGAAGCUAUUCUUAUAAAAAAUGUAAUUAGAUUUAAUGAUUAUGAUGGAUAUGGAUAGACUUUUAGAUAAAAAGAUGAAGAUUAUUUUAAAUUAAUUUAUAAUCCAUCCACUAAAUAGAAUAAUGAAUUUUCUCAACAAAAAGAGGAUUUAAAUAAAUUAACUUAAAAUAAGAAAAUUAUAAAAAAUCAUAUAUUAGUAAUAUUUCACAAUUAAUACUUUAGUGUAUGGAUGCAAUAUCCUAUAAAAAUUGGUAAUUGUAAUUUGAUCAAGUUUAUAUUAAUAGAGAAUUAACUAAAAGUUAUAUUGCGUUUUCGUUAGCACUUGAUUACACAAAUAAUGAAAAUAUAUCAACUGGUAAAUGGGGUUGUGGAAUAUUUAAUGGGGAUGUUUAAUUAAAGUUUUUAAUUUAAUUACUUGCAUUCUCAAAGGCAUUGUAAGAUAUUAAGUAGAAAAAUGAAUAAAACAAAAUUUAAGAUUACAAAAAUAAGACAGAAAGAAUGAUAAUAUUUAGUGCUUUUAAUGAUAAUUAGUUUGAUGAUUUAAUUUAAUUUUAUGAAAAUGCCUUAAUGAAAAAAGAUUAAAAAUAUUGCAAAACAAUAAUUUAAGAGAUUGAAAACUUAAAGCUUUAGAUUAAACAAUAAAAUAAUUAUGGUCCUAACAGAUGA